UUUUUCUAUUUUAUUAUACUUUUUGUACGUUAUUUAUUUUUGAUACGUUAUAUUUAAUCAAUGGAAUAUCAGGAUGACGACGACGAUGAUAGUUAUGACGCAGUGUAUGAAAACGGGCGUUGGGUGUGGGACGACGUUACUCGUCAACUCGUUUAUAAGAAAGAAGCCCCUGAAGUGCCUCAAGAACGCGUGGCUAUAGCUGUAGCGAUCCUUGGUUCAGUAGAAUUUAGAGAAGAUAUUGAUUUAAACGAACAACAAAGAUUCCGGAAACGUAUACAACGUAAGAUUAUUGAGGGCAAUGAUGUAGUCACUCUUCAGGAUAUAAAAGAUGUAGUCCUUUUUACGGCCCCUCCCAAGAUAGUCAAGCCAGUGAUAAUCCAUCUUCUUCAUUUGCCAGCAACCGAGCGCUUACUCCGAGCUCUCAUAUUCUUCUGCCAAUACUAUUUACAGACAUUAGACUUAAUGAGCCUACGUACGUUGGAACUCCUUGGUAAAAUACGCACUCCUAAGAGUGAUGAAACGGAAUUCGAAUUUCUAGAAAACCUACAAGAUCUCCGUCUACUCGUUGCCAAAGAAUACUCUAAUGUUAUAAUGGGUUUCGGGGAAUUCGCAAAAUUACAUCACAUGGGUGCCUUAAAGAAAUCACGCUCUUUAUCGAAGAGGGAAAGCUUGGUGUUUGAGACGUUCAUCCGAAUCAGCAUUCAGAUCAUAUGGAUCGCGCUCGGCCGUAAAUCGUUUAGCCAAAUUGAAAUUGAAGUUAAUAGAAUAUUUAAGUCUUCAAUAUUCAAUUCAGCGGAACAUAAGCUAAGUAAGGAAACGAAAAAUAAAUUGGCCGUAACCAAUCCAAAUGAAAAAGCGGUGUUACUUGGGCAGUGCAUGCAAAAGAGACACAAGGUGAAUGUGCUAUCGCCUCUUAUGGACGAAGUACAUUGCCAUAGGUACAUUGAUCACCGAAUAUAUGGAUUGGGGAUCAUAAAAUAUCCAAGCAUAAGUCCACGUCAUCGUUACCUGGAGAAUGCGAUAUCGUUGCCUGAACAUCAAUUGGAAGAUGUAAAUAUGUCUGUGGGCAUACUAGGUUUGCCCAGAGAAAAUUUUGAUAUUUUGCUGAAAGAAAUCAAAUUUAUAAGCGCCUCUUCUUCAAAUGUCAGCGUAAACAAACAACCGUCCAGACCAACGAACGUGACAAAAUCUAUGCGAAAAAGUUUAAUUGUGGCUGGACCCACAUUCAAAGACAUCGUGAUACCUUCGAAGCAAGAAGAUGACUAUCCAUUAGAAACGUGUCCGGACUUCCCAACUGAAUCGAUGCCUCGUCGACCUUGCGAUGAACUACAGCGACAAAAAUGGAUGAAGAGGAUACAACGAAUUCAAUACAGGCAAAGGGCACACCAAAAGCACGUUUAGUUGCACGACAACCGUUUGACCGACGAACGAUUUAUCAGAAAAUAAAAUUUUAUCACUACAAAAA